GCGCUGAACAACGAGGCAGGUCCCGCGCCUUCGGCGCGCUUUCUGUUUUUUCCGCUGUGCUUUCAGCUCUUCAGCAAGACCCAUCGGGUAGAGUGCCCUGAUUGAAGGAGCACCAUUAUCGCUCCGUCGUCAUCGUCUUGAAGAUCAUGGCAACCGUAGCAGUAUCCGUCCAAGCCGUUUUAGCGGUUUUUGUCGUUUUCUGCGGCGUUGCUGGCGCCAUGAUGCCGGGCCAAUAUGGUUCCCAGCCCCCUUCCCCAUAUAUGCAAGGUCUGCUGGGUGGCGGCGCUACGCCGCUAGGAGGCGGAAUGGCGCCCAGCGCGGUACCGAGAGCGGCAACUAUGUCUGGUGCGGCGGUUGCUGGGCCGGACAUCGCUGCAAUGUUACUCCAGAUGCAACAAGACCUGGCCGGGGUCCGCGCGCGCCUAAAUAGUCAAGGUGCGACCUCGGGUCCGGAAUACGAUUUGCGCGCGCUGACGGAGGAUUUUGCGUCGCCUCAAGUGCAGCGCUCUCCAGCCGGGUCGCGGUUUCCGUUUCCCGACUAUGUUCUGCACAAUUUGCCGGGAACCAUGACGGUGGAUAAUCUGGUUUUGCAUAAUUUUCGGGCAAUUCCUGAGUGGCAGGAGUUAGAGCACUCGCAGAGGGGUCAUCCUGAUCGUGCGGGCUCGUUAGUUUAUGAGUUUAGCAUUCUGAUUACUUUGCUUGGCGUCUUGGAGAUGGUGCGGUCCGGUUUGACUAUGAUUCGCCGCUUUUUCGGAUAUUCAAAUUUACCUCAAGAGUGGGUUGUCGCCCUGACCUGCGCCUCUGAUACCUUGCUGUAUGAUGUGGCUUGGAUGCAUAACCUUAUUUCGGCCCGUAUCAAUUGUUUGGUGGAAUUUAGCCGUAGGGGCCGUGAUGGCCUCGUUGCCCUGCACCAGCGUUACUUUGCGCCUUCGGAGCGGCCGCUGGUGGAUGCUGUUACCCGUGAGUUUGACGAGGAGUAUGCUAAGCAGCGGGCAAAAGUGACUCUUAAGGUCCUGGCAGAAAGGGAGGCCCGUAGGCAUCAGGGCAAUGGCGGUCUGUUUCAGGCCCCAGGUCGGGGCCAGGGUGGUGGCCUGCGCCGGGGUCGUGGAGGUGGCCGGGGCGGUUUUCCGCCUGCUCGUGCUGUUGCGGCAGCUGGUAGCGCCCAACCCCCGUGUGGCCUGGAGGGCCUUCGUUCCGUCCACACCCUUUAUAGUUUGCGGCGGGGUGGUGCCUCGGCCGCCCGUGCGGCGGGAGUGCCACUGGAUAUCAUCGAAGCAUUUGGUGGCUGGGCCGCAGGCUCGUCGGCGUUGCGGGAGAACUACCUCGAUUUGGGGGUCCGUGGCUGCCCUCGUGCGGUCGCCUUCUUUGGCCCUCUCGCGGCCCGGCGUGUCGCGCCGGUGAUGGGUCAGUACUUUAACCGCUGAGAGGGGGUGUCUUUCCUUUUGGCAAUAGACUCGUAGCAGGAGCUAAUGCGGGCUAUGCGAAGCUUGAGCCGGGUUAGCUAAGGCGUAGGGCCUUACGGCCGUUUUAAGUGGUACGACUUGAGGCCGGCGAUCCGUGUCCUCAGGAUCGUCUUUUGCAUAAAUAGCGCGUGUUGCAGGUUUUCUGUAUCUUGUUUUUGUUGUUCAGCACGCGCCCCGCCCUCCCACCCUGGAGGCCGCGUCGCCCGCCCUUUUCGCUCUACUACAUUAUUUCUUUUCCUUUUGGUUCGGUGCGGCCUUUUCAUCGAUCAGGCCGUAAGAGCACAGCCAAUAUCUGUAACAGAAAUGGCAAUGG